CCGCAGUACCCCCGUUUGCUCUGGACAGACAGGGAGCGACGUUUAGACUUCAACAAUAACCCGCAAACUAAAGGAUUACAAUGGCCAGCCGAACAAGCACAUCUUCCUAUAAAAGGAUGUUCGGCGGGGAGCGUCCCGCAGCGGCCCGGUCCAAUUUCUCCAGCCGGCAGUACAGCAGCCCAGUGCGCGUCUCCUCCUCGCGUACGUCCUACAGCUACAGCAGCGCGCCUCCAUCCGUGUACGCGAGUAAAGGCGCGAGAGUGCGCUCCGGUGCGCCCCUGCCCAGACUCGCCACCGACACUCUGGAUUUCGGGCUCGCCGAGGCCAUAAACACCGAGUUUAAAGCCAACCGGACCAAUGAGAAAGCGGAGAUGCAGCACCUUAACGACCGGUUCGCCAGUUACAUAGACAAAGUGCGCUUUCUAGAGCAGCAGAACAAGAUCCUGAUCGCGGAGCUGGAGCAGCUGCGGGGAAAAGGAGCGUCCCGGGUCGGUGAUCUGUACGAGGAUGAGAUGCGGGAGCUGCGGAGACAGGUGGAUCAGCUGACAGGGGAGAAGAGCAGGGUGGAGGUGGACCGGGAUAACCUAGGGGAGGACAUCGAGCGCCUCAAGGAGAGACUUCAAGAAGAGAUGCUUCAAAGAGAAGAUGCUGAGAACAGCCUCAGGAGCUUCAGACAGGAUGUUGAUAACGCCUCUUUGGCUCGUCUGGACCUGGAGAGAAAAGUAGAGUCCCUGCAAGAAGAGAUCGCUUUCUUGAAGAAGCUUCACGAUGAGGAACUUGCUGAGAUGCAGAUCCAGAUGCAGGAGCAGCAUGUGCAGAUCGAUAUGGAAGUGGCCAAACCUGACCUGACCGCCGCUCUGAAAGACGUCCGGCAGCAGUACGAGACUCUGGCCUCCAGAAACCUGCAGGAGUCUGAGGAUUGGUACAAAUCCAAGUUUGCUGACCUGUCAGAAGCUGCUGCCCGAAACAAUGAAGCUAUCCGUCUGGCCAAACAGGAGGCCAAUGAUUACCGUCGCCAGCUUCAGGCUCUCACUUGUGACUUGGAAGCUCUUAAAGGAACGAACGAGUCUCUGGAGCGUCAGAUGAGAGAACUAGAGGACAGCUUCUCCAUGGAGGCGUCUGGUUAUCAGGACACCAUUGGCCGUCUGGAGGACGACAUUCGUAAUAUGAAGGAUGAGAUGGCACGUCAUCUGCGGGAAUACCAGGAUCUGCUGAAUGUCAAAAUGGCCCUGGAUAUUGAGAUCGCCACGUACAGGAAGCUGCUGGAAGGAGAAGAAAGCAGGAUCACCUCACCAUUUCCCAACUUUUCAUCAUUAAGCCUGCGAGAGUCCAUGAAGGAAACCAGACCUAUGAUUGACAACCUGUCAAAAAAAGUGGUGAUUAAGACCAUUGAGACCAGAGACGGACAUAUAAUUAACGAGUCCACCCAAAACGAUGAUCUGGAAUGAGCUGCAUGUGAACCUGAGGCACUGAAGAUCCACGCUGGAAUAAAUUGAGAAGAAUGAAGUUUCCUCUGUUGUUUCUGUUGAGAGUAAAAAAAAAGAAAAGAAAAGAAAAACAGCUUUAAAGUGCCUUCUUUGCAUUGCCACAUUAGAGCGGUCUGUUGUUAGAGCUGAAAGAAGAUGUAGGCCACUGAGUAAACCAGCUUUAUCCUGGGUUUAUGUUUACCACGAUGUCUGUAGUUUACACUGUCGAAGACCACAGCAAUACUGCUUCAACUUUUUCUGUUUUGUAUGAUUAUCACAAACGACCAAAAACUUGAUGAGCUCACGUCUCCUGCACCAUUAGACCAAACAACAAAUUGACACAAAUUCAAUAAACCUUUUGAAAAAUAA